AUGGCGUUGAAUCUCACAGACUUUGUGAUGCGUCCAAACCCGGGCAUAGCAGGCGCACUUGUGUCUGUCCGCUCCAACUUUUUCCGAGUACAAUCGUUCCUGCGUGGCAAUGUCUAUCAUUACCACAUUGAAAUCGCGGACAUGGCAAACAAGUCAUCGAACAUACCUCCAGCUCUCAAUCGUCGAGUCUGGAAGGCCUUUGAAAGUACCGGAGGCCAAGGUAUCUUGAAUGGUUCUCGUGCUAUCUAUGACGGACGCAAGAACGUCUUUACAGCUAUGCCUUUAAGAACUCUGACAGCUCAUGAGGCGAGUCAGUUUGAGGUGGAGCUGCCGCAAGAAGGUGCUGCUGCUACUGGACCCCGUACAUCGUCCACCCAGCCUUCUAGUGGUAUAUUCAAAGUCAAGAUCAAGAAAGCUGGUGAAAUUAAAAUGGAAGAGCUGCAUCGAUUCCUGCAGGGCACUUCAAGUCUGACGACAAACUGCCUGACAGCCGUUAUGGCGCUUGAUGUCCUCAUCCGGUAUUUGCCAAGCAUGAAGUACAACACCGUGGUAGGCCGCUCUUUUUAUACACCUGUUGGAAGUCAAUCACUUCACGGUGGUCUUGAAGUCUGGCAAGGUUACUUCCAGACGUCCCGGCCUGGGGUCGGGAGCAUGUACAUCAAUGCUGAUGUCAGUGCAGCAGUAUUUCGGGAGGGUGGUCCCCUGCUGGAAGUGGUUGCUAAGAUCAUUGGCCGCCAAUCGAUUGAUGAACUUCGACAUUACGGCUUGACGCCUGCGCCAGCUGAUCGUACGUUCUUCAAGGACCAAGACAACAAUGAAAUGAGCGUAGCACAGUACUUUACGGCUCACUACAACAUGGGCCUCCGCUUCCCGUUUCUGCCGUGUAUCAUCGUGCGCAAAACUAUAUUCUUGCCUAUGGAAGUCUGUGACAUUGUCCCUGGCCAGCGAUACAACAAAAAGCUCGACGAGCAGCAGACGGCUGAAAUGAUCACUUUUACAUGUCAAAAGCCGGAUGUUCGAGCCAACAAGAUCAAGCAGGGAUUCACGUUGCUCGAAACGAACAACCCGUACAUGCAGCAAUCUGGCUUCAAGGUCGAACCGGAAAUGUUCAUCGUCAAGAAUUGUUUCAAAGAAGCACUUCGUGUUGACGUCAAGUGCUACGAUGCAUUGGUUGCCCUGACUGAAAAGAAUAUGCUGGAAGAAAAAGCCGAAUGGGACUUUAUAUCCACCUUACCCUACGAAGAACACUAUGGUCUAUCUGAUGCGGAUUUUUUUCGAUCACGUUAUAUGAUCCAGCUAAAAAGAUAUUCGCACAAGGAGGAUAUGCAACAAGCGCAAAAGGAAGCAGAGAACGAUUUCGGUUUGAAAAAGAGUCUCAAUGUUAUGCAUAGUAAAGCACGGACAUUACUGGCAGAAUGCAAAUACGAAGAAUGCCUAAGUCUAAAGAUGAAAGUCGAGCUGUAUAUCUUGACCCAAGAAUUGGUGGAUAGGCUAAAGGACGAGGCAGUGACGUGGCAUGCCGCGGGGAUGUAUAAUCUUUACAUUGAAAAAUAUUCAGAAGCACGUCGCCAUUUCAGUCGAGCAACGGAUAUCGAUCAGUACUUUGAAGACUCUUAG